UUAUUUUCGGAUGUGACAUAGGUGGAUUGACUGUCAACAUGUAAGAUGGCGACUCACCACAGACAGAAUGCUGCUGGGCGGAGGAAAGUACAGGUUUCAUACGUCAUCAGAGAUGAAGUUGAAAAAUACAAUCGCAAUGGGGUGAAUGCUCUUCAGCUUGACCCAGCCUUGAAUCGGCUUUUCACAGCUGGGAGGGACUCCAUCAUCAGGAUAUGGAGUGUCAACCAGCACAAGCAGGAUCCAUACAUUGCCUCUAUGGAACACCAUACAGACUGGGUCAAUGACAUCGUGCUCUGUUGCAAUGGAAAGACUUUGAUAUCUGCUUCAUCAGAUACAACCGUUAAAGUCUGGAAUGCCCAUAAAGGCUUCUGCAUGUCAACGUUACGGACACACAAGGAUUAUGUCAAAGCUUUAGCGUAUGCUAAAGACAAGGAGCUGGUGGCAUCAGCUGGCCUGGACCGACAAAUCUUUCUAUGGGAUGUGAACACAUUAACAGCUUUGACAGCCUCCAACAACACUGUCACCACCUCUUCUCUCAGUGGGAACAAAGACUCCAUAUACAGCCUGGCGAUGAACCAGAUGGGCACAGUCAUUGUGUCAGGUUCCACAGAAAAGGUUCUUAGAGUAUGGGACCCUCGGACAUGUGCUAAGCUGAUGAAAUUGAAAGGCCACACGGACAACGUGAAAUCGCUGUUGUUGAAUAGAGAUGGCACUCAGUGUCUGUCAGGCAGUUCAGAUGGGACCAUCCGUCUGUGGUCUUUGGGUCAGCAGAGGUGUAUUGCCACUUAUCGAUUCCAUGACGAAGGUGUUUGGGCUCUUCAAGUCAAUGAGGCCUUCACACACAUCUACUCUGGAGGCCGGGACAAGAAGAUCUACUGCACCGACCUGCGUAACCCAGACAUUCGUGUGCUCAUCUGUGAAGAGAAGGCUCCUGUCCUCAAGAUGGAACUGGACAGAUCCGCAGACCCACCUCCUGCUAUCUGGGUGUCUACCACCAAGUCAUCUGUAAACAAAUGGUCUUUAAAGGCAAUGCACAACUUUAGAGCAUCAGGGGACUAUGACAACGACUGCAGCACUCCCCUCAUCCCACUCUGUACGCAACCUGAGCAAGUCAUCAAAGGAGGUGCCAGUAUAAUUCAGUGUCACAUACUAAAUGACAAAAGGCACAUUCUUACCAAAGACACCAACAACAAUGUGGCUUUCUGGGAUGUGCUGAAGGCUUGCAAGGGUGAGGACCUGGGAAAAAUUGAGUUUGAUGAAGAGAUCAAGAAGCGUUUCAAGAUGGUGUACGUACCAAACUGGUUUUCUGUCGAUCUCAAAACAGGGAUGCUGACCAUCACGUUGGAUGAGAGCGACUGCUUCGCUGCCUGGGUGUCGGCGAAAGAUGCUGGAUUCUCUAGCUCGGAUGGAUCGGAUCCCAAGUUAAACCUGGGUGGACUGCUGCUUCAGGCUCUGCUGGAGUUCUGGCCCAGGACACACAUCAACCCCAUGGAUGAGGAGGAGAAUGAGGUCAACCAUGUGAACGGGGAACAGGAAACCAGGGUGCAGAAAGGAAAUGGGUAUUUCCAGGUGCCACCUCACACUCCGGUCAUCUUUGGGGAGGCUGGAGGGAGAACUUUAUUCCGGCUGUUAUGUAGGGAUUCAGGUGGAGAGACUGAGUCCAUGUUAUUGAAUGAGACAGUUCCACAGUGGGUGAUCGACAUAACUGUGGAUAAAAAUAUGCCCAAGUUCAACAAAAUUCCAUUUUACCUCCAACCCCAUUCUUCUUCCGGUGCAAAAACCCUGAAAAAGGACCGCCUGUCAGCCAGUGACAUGCUGCAGGUGAGGAAGGUCAUGGAGCAUGUAUAUGAGAAGAUCAUCAACCUGGACAACGAGUCUCAGACCACCAGCUCCUCAGCCAAUGACAAGCCAGGAGAGACCGAGAAAGAGGAGGAUAUGGCGAUGCUGGCGGAGGAGAAGAUUGAACUCAUGUGUCAGGACCAGGUCUUAGAUCCCAACAUGGACCUGCGAACAGUUAAACAUUUUAUCUGGAAGAGUGGAGGGGACUUGACGCUUCACUAUAGACAGAAAGCAACGUGAAACUCAUGGCACAAAGAAAGUUUUAGUCAUUUGCCAAUCACCACCUAACACUGACAUGCAGUCCCUUCAAUCCUAUUGUCAAAAGAGAGCUGGAAUAUCGUUGAGGACUCACUCUGUCUGUCUGGUCAGCGUUUGGGAGAUUCUCCUUGUGGUGUGGGCAUCUGAAGAUGUAGAUCAAUCUGAGAAUCGCUCACAGAGGCUGGCUAGACCAGAAUGGAGCAGCCAAGAGGGAAGACUACCCUGCAAUUUUCCACCUAGUUGUGAUUUGUACAAUAGAAGAAUUGAAUCAAAAUGUUCUAUCUAGCACUCAUAGAUUAUUUUUUACAUAUUUGAUUGCUUUGCUUUGUAAUAUCAUUCAUUGCAUUUAUUUUGGGAGUGACUGAUGUACAGUAUGUGUCCAUAUGAGUUUGUGUGCACAUGGAUAUUGAAGGUUGUUUAUUCUAGUACAUUCCAAAAACAGCCCUUACUCUACCAACACUCCACCCUAUGCUAGUAUCACCCAGGACUACACUUGUGCCUCUGGACAGCUAUCCAGAGCAAUUGGUUUACUCUGGAAUGGAAUGGUGUUUCACGGUGUCAAAAUCUGCUGAGAAUUACUGGUUGGUUUAAAUACUGAAUUAAAAUGAAUAAUUGGUAAGCUUAAUUGACAUACCUGUCUCUUAAGAGUCCUUGUAUUUGAGUCUAAAACCACAGCAGGUUGUGUGAUCAUUCAAGAUAAUAUUUCUUUUUCUGUAAAUUUAUGUACAACGUUUGUACAGUUUUAAGGUCAAAUACACUAACAAUAUAGGAAGAUUGAUUCGACCCCCCCCACACACACACAGAAUAUUGUGCAAAUUGCCAUAUCUAGGUUCAUCCCAAAAAUGUUAGCUGUUGCCUGUAUCAUCUUAGCAAACAAGACAGGCAAGGAAUUUUUUAUCUUGACUAACAAAAGUUGCCACUUUGAACUGUUCUUGUAUCAUGAGUAAAUCAAUAUAUUCACAUUCAGGAUGACUGUUGUGUAGUAAUUCAAAUAAAGUAUCUGUAAUGUAUAACUUGGACCCUUAAAAUAGAAAUUCAGUGGAUUCUGGAAAAAGAGGGAUUUUUUUCACUCAGGAUAUUAGUAUAGUAAAUCAUACAAUGCAGGCAAUUGAAGUAUUCAUUUCUUGUACUCAAGGACGAUUAUAUUUGUAAUGCAUGUAUUCCCCAGUCGCAAAGUUUGAGUAAGCCUCUAUCAACUCCUCUGAGAGUGCCAUUUUGCGAAAAGACAAAAAGUAAAGGAAUAUCCAAGAUCUGCAAUUUAUCCUUGUUUGUGUAACAACUGGUAUAUUAUGUACAUUUGGGGCUUAAAACAAUAAAUUUGAAUGGUUAAACAUCUC